GGCCCGGAUGGUGCGUGUGCGGGGCCCGUGCCGAGCAGACGCCAGCGCUGCGGGCCUGCAGCCGGGCCAGCAGCCGAGCCAGCUGAAGGCCGGACUCUGACACCCAUUCUGGACAACACGCUUGUGGCUCUGGUGAUUGAACAGGCCAAAGCCUGGGAGCACGUGAUUUUGAGGGCCCAGCACCACACCUGCCCAGUCCGGCCAAGCACCUGGCCCCAUGCUGCAGGAAUAGCACACCCAAGUUCAGACACCCCAGUGAUGCACCAUGCCCAUAGUCGACAAGCUGAAGGAAGCCCUCAAGCCUGGCCGCAGGGACUCGGCUGACGAUGGGGAGCUGGGGAAGCUUCUGGCCUCCUCUGCCAGGAAGGUCCUUCUGCAGAAGCUGGAGUUUGAGCCAGCCAGCAAGAGUUUCUCCUACCAGCUGGAGUCACUGAAGAGCAAAUACGUGCUGCUGAACCCCAGGACAGAGGGAGCCGGCUGCCACAGGAGCGGGGAUGAGCCACAGGCCAGGACACAGGGCGGCGAGCACGCGUACGAGAGCUGCGGUGACGGCGUCCCCGCGCCCCAGAAGGUGCUCUUCCCUGUGGAACGGCUGUCGCUGCGCUGGGGGCGCGUCUACCGUGUGGGUGCGGGGCUGCACAACCUUGGCAACACCUGCUUCCUCAACUCCACCGUGCAGUGCUUGACCUACACGCCGCCCCUGGCCAACUACCUGCUCUCCAAGGAGCACACUCGAGGCUGUCACCAGGGAAGCUUCUGCAUGCUGUGCGUCAUGCAGAACCACAUCAUCCAGGCCUUCGCCAACAGUGGCAACGCCAUCAAGCCCGUGUCCUUCAUCCGAGACCUCAGAAAGAUCGCCCGGCAUUUCCGCUUCGGGAACCAAGAGGACGCACACGAGUUUCUGCGGUACACCAUUGACGCCAUGCAGAAGGCCUGCUUGAGCGGCUGUGCCAAGUUGGAUCGUCAGACGCAGGCUACGACUUUGGUCCAUCAGAUUUUUGGAGGCUAUCUCCGAUCGCGAGUGAAGUGCUCCGUGUGCAAGAGCGUCUCAGACACCUACGAUCCCUACUUGGAUGUGGCGCUGGAGAUUCGGCAAGCUGCAAAUAUCGUGCGUGCCCUGGAACUUUUUGUGAAACCAGAUGUCCUGAGUGGAGAGAACGCCUAUAUGUGUGCGAAAUGCAAGAAGAAGGUUCCGGCCAGCAAGCGGUUCACCGUCCACAGGACGUCCAACGUCCUGACACUCUCGCUCAAGCGCUUUGCCAACUUCAGUGGGGGGAAGAUCACCAAGGAUGUGGGAUAUCCGGAGUUCCUGAACAUCCGUCCAUAUAUGUCCCAGAGUAAUGGUGAGCCUGUCAUGUACGGGCUGUAUGCUGUCCUGGUCCACUCGGGCUAUAGCUGCCACGCCGGGCACUAUUACUGCUACGUGAAGGCAAGCAGUGGACAGUGGUACCAGAUGAACGACUCCUUUGUCCACUCCAGCAACAUCAAGGUGGUUCUGAACCAGCAGGCCUACGUCCUCUUCUACCUGCGGAUUCCAGGCUCUAAGAAGAGUCCUGAGGGCUCCAUCUGCAGGACAACCUCCUCCCUUCCCGGCCACCCCAGGGUGGUUCCAGACCACGCCAGGAAGAAUAUCAGCAAUGGGACCACAUCCUCAUCAGUGACUGGAAAGAGACCAGACACUGUGACAAUGAAGAAGCCUCAGACCCCUGAAGAGCUCGGGGUGCCCGUUGCCAGGAAUGGCUCUGUGUCGGGCCUGAAGUCUCAGAAUGGAUACACUACUCCCAAGCCACCCCUGGGGUCCCCUUCCCCCAAACUCUGCAAAACGCCUACCCACGCGCCGACCGUUCUGGAUGAGCCUGGAAAGAAAGUCAAGAAACCAGCCCCCCCGCAGCACUUCUCCCCACCGCUCAAAACCUCCCCGGGGCCCCCCAGCGCUGGCGAGCCGGGCGGCAGCAGGUGUGAGGGCCGCAGGCCCGGCUCCUGGGACAGCAGGGCCACCCUCUCUACCUCACCUCGGCCCCCGGCCGCCAGGACCGCCAACGGGCUCGGGCCCAAGGUGGGUGUUGAGGGCCCCACCGCCGAGAGGAGGGGCUCCAGCCCCGAGCGCCCUGCUGGCGGUGGCCCCGCCAGGCCCCCCCCGGCCCCCCAGAGUGGAGCCGCCCCUCUUGGCGAUUCUCAGGGAACCCACUCAGCUGGCCCCGCCAAGGUGCUGCCGGCCCGAGAGGACGUGGAGCUGGUGAAGGCCAAGUGCCUCGACCUGAGCAGCGCCUCCCCCGAGCCCGCCAACACCAUGUCUCCUCCGCCGGCCAAAAAGCUGGCCCUUUCUGCCAGGAAGGCCAGCACCCUGCGGAGGGCAACCGGCAAUGACCUCCGUCCACCUCCCCUCUCUCCAUCCUCCGACCUCACCUUCCCCCGGAAACCCACUCACCCCGUCGUCGCCUCCACCUGGCCUGUCAGUACAAUCCGGGCUGUGUCACCUGCUCCGAGACCAUCCAGCCAUCUGAAGCCCCCCCUCGGCCCCCACUCCCCGUCACUGUCCAGCAGCUCCCCGCCUCUCGGGACAUCGGACCCACAGAGCCACUCGCCCGCCUCUGCGCCCCUGCCUCAGGUCAACGGGGCCUUCCAGGCCCCCUCACACCAGCUGCUAGAGGCCAGCGAGCCCCCCCAGGGUCUCUGUAAGAAGAGGAAGAAGACCCGCAUAGGAGAAACCCAGGGCCAGGGCUCAGAGACCUGCACGGCUGUGGCGGCCCCUCCCGGGCCUCCCAGGAAGAGGAGGAGGAGGAAGAGGAAGCACACGGGGGACACGGACGCCUCCCCUCUGCAGGCGUGGCGCAUGCCAGGGCCGCCCUGGAGCCCCGCACACAGGAAGGAGGGUCGGGCGGAGUCACCAGCGGGCAGACUGGAGGAAGAGGGCGGACAGCAGCCGGGGAACGGCUGGCCCGUGGGAUGCGUGAGCGACGGCCACCGCGUGAGCCGCAGGAAGAGGAGGAGGAAGGGAGCUGAGGGCCUUGGCGGAGAAGACUGCCUCCGCCGGGACCACCCACCUCGGCAUGGGUGAGAGCAAGGAGCCCAGCACCUCCGCUCACACACAGUCCGCUCCCAGUGGGUGCUGUCGGGAAAUACAGGCGCUGCUUGGCUCUCUGGGACGUGACUGUAUGGUCAGGUGUCCCAGGCGGGUGGCGCGUGGAAACAGCGUUCUGGACCUGGCCAGCCCCGUAGGUGCUGGGAGGUCACGUGACCCGGGCCGGGCUGCCCUGGGGUCCUGUCGUCCAUCUUGUGGGACUUGCCUCGGAUUAAAAACACACUUGUGUGCUUUUCUGGACUGUGGCCGUGGGCAGGUCCUGGUCAGGUUGGGGAGGAGUCUCCUGAGGCUCUUCUGGGGGCUGAGGCACACGCACCGAAGUUCACGGGGUAUCUGGGCCUCAGUUUGCUAGGAGCUGACUGUCACCUCUGACUUCCUAGGAGUUUGCUCACGAUCCCAAAAUGGUGGCAGGCAUUUGUGACCCUAAAGAGGCCAGAGCCCGGGUUGCGGGUGGCUCUGCAUGACCACCGGGCCCGAGCUGUGCUGAGGAGCGGCUGUGGCGGGGGCGGGGAACAGGCUGGGGGCAGACACUGGACGCUGUCCUGCUCAGAGCACUGAGCCUGAAGGGCACCAGGUCAUUGCCAAAUUGGCGGACCAGAGAGAUGAGGUCAGGCUGUGUUUAGGGAGGCAGGCAGGAAGGCAGGAAGAGCUUGCUUUUAUACAUUCUUUAAAGAAUUUGUCAUUAGUAAGUUCUGCAAUUCUGUUGUAAAUAAAAGGUGUACGAGUGUUUCCUCGGUGGUUUAUUUUUAACGUAUGUAAAUGUUAUUCUGAUUGCAGGGCUGGGACAGGCUCCUCUUGUAUCCUGGGACAGAGAGAGAGAAUCUGAUGUGGUCCAGGAAUUGCUCAAAUAUUCAUCUGAUAAAGCUUAUGGGAGAAGAGGUAACUGGUUUUGAGACUUGACUUCUGUCUUCUGCAGUUGGCUUAUGAGGAGGUAGA